GAAAGAUGACUAGCGGUUAAUUCGCUAUUGGAGCUACUAAUAUCCACUUGGAAAUGAUCGGCGUGACACUAUGUGAAGCUCAAUUCUGUGGAUGCAAAAUGUAUACACUGGACUUAUCUAGUCCACUCGAUACUGAAGAUGUGUACUACACACAUAAUGGGAGGAUAAUUAAUCAUUUUGAGGAUAUUCCAAAAGAUGCAGUGUUGCAGAAACAUUAUCGUCUUCGGGGUGGCAAAGGUGGUUUCGGAUCUAUGCUCCGAGCCAUUGGAAGUCAAAUAGAGAAGACAACCAAUCAUGAAAUGUGCAGAGAUUUAUCAGGCAGAAGAAUGCGUGAUGUAAAUAUGGAGAAGAGAUUAAAGGAAUGGUAUGCUACAGCCGAUGAGCGGGAGCGUAAGAAAAUGGAAGAAUACCUUGAACGAAGACGAAAGCGUCAAGAGUUAUUAAAAGAAGGUCCACUACCUGGACACAAAUUCUCUGACCGUGAUUAUGAGCGACAAAAACGAAAAAUUGCAUAUGAACUUAGAAGCGCCUUAGACACAGCGAUAGAAAAUGUCUUAAAAGAAACCAAGUCAACAGCAAAUUUGUCUCCAAGCUGUUCGAUAGAACAGCACAGUGCAAAGCGUACUCGGUUAUGGAUAGAAGAGCUAGAUAAUGUAUUAUGUUCUGACUCCAGUGAAGAGGAAAAGUUAGAAAAUGAAGACUUCUUAUCAUCUGAUGGUUCUCCUAAUCCUGAAAAGGAAAAUAAUAAUGAAGAUACUACGAAGCCUACCGAUAUUCCCGUAGACUCUUCAGAAAAUAACGAUUCUAAACAAGAGACUACUAGUAGGUUACAUUCUUAUUAAUACUAGCAUAUAUCGUUCGCCAUUUUUGAGUUAACCGCGAAGUGAUCCAAUUAUUAAUAUAACAACCGUAAAAUUGCCUUAUAUAUUUCCGCCUAAAUAGUUGAACAGAAUGCUCUUAUUUUUUAUCACGAAUGUAUGUCAUAUUAUGUCAAUUAUCAUUAAGUUAUGACUACUGUAAACUCCAUCCACCCACACAAUUGAUGGGUAAACUGACUAUACUUUUUGACCGUAAAUAUUAGGAAUGACAACCAUAGAAAUGAGAAUAGAAUUUGGGCACUGUGGUAGAGUAUAAUUCCAUCAUAUAGUAACCAGAGAACAAACAACAGAAAAAAUCUUAAUGAAAGCCUCAACUCUGGGAAAUGCAUAUAUCCUGAAAAAACCUUAAAGUUCAUAAAUUCAGUGAGUAGAUUCUUGACUUGUUUUUAAUUACCAAAGAAUAGUGUAAGAAGAGAUGAUGUGCUUUUAUUCUAAUUACAGGUGACGAGAAGAAGGAGGAUUCAGGAAAUUCACGUGUCGACCAUCCAACAGCAGUUGUACAGCCCUUAACGGAUGAACAGUUGAAUGAGAUGAAUACUUCAGAAAGUCUGGAAAAAUUUGGAUUAGAUGUUCUUAAGGCAACUUUAACUGCCCGCGGUUUAAAAUGUGGAGGAACGUUAAAAGAACGAGCUAACCGACUGUUUUCAGUGAAAGGUUUAAGUCCUGAACAAUAUCCUGUGAAAUUAUUAGCUAAGACCAAAUAAUCCUGAUUAAUUUACCAGAUGUUAUUUUUCUCAUAGUGUAUGUAUAUAAAAAGGAACGUAUUUUUGUGUACUUUUUAAAUUAGUGCUAUUUACUUUAAUCGUCAACUAAUUUUUCUUCAUAUCAAUACUUGAAUGUUUACAUAUACAACAAUUUGGUGUAAUAAUUGAAUAAAUUAUACUAUAUUUACAAAUUGAGCUUUUUGAGUAGAAAAAGAGAG